GCUGGAGCCGGGAAGAACGACGGCCUCAAGUCACAGGAGGUCCCGGGGAGAGCUGGAGCAGAGGGGGCUGACAGUGGACCCCUUUGCAUGCCCCGCCUCUGCUUGCCUCCCUGCGAGAGGAGGUGGAUUUUCGUCGGCUUGGCUGCCUUCGCCCUCACUUUGCCCCCCAGUCAUGGUGGGCCACCUUCAGCUGCAAGGAAUGGAAGACAGCCUGAAAGAGAAGAACCGAGAAGGUUUGCUGGAUAGCCCGGAUUCUGGGCUGCCUCCCAGCCCUAGUCCCCCCUUUUACUCCUUGUCUCCAGGCAUCAAUGAAAACCGAGCUGGGGGCAGCGCAGCCACAGAUAUCCCGGGACAUGGGCACCGGAAGGAUGCCAAAGAGGGGAAAGUGAUCCCAUACCUUCUUCUGAAUGCCUCCACGUCAGAAAUGAGGCCUCGGAUGUAUCCUGUGUUUUUUGGCGAGAGCAUAGAGGUCAACCCCGAACCGGCGCAAGAAAUUAGGUGCAACUCUGAGGUAAAAUAUGGCUCCGAGCGACAUUACAAGGACGACAUAUUCUAUUGCCCGAUCCCCACUGUCACUACCUACAGCGAGACCGUCAUCGCCGCCCCCAACUGCACGUGGCGGAACUACAAGUCUCAACUGAUCUUUGAGCCACGCCAGAAGCCCCUCCGGUUCCAGAGCACAACGAUCAUCUUCCCCAAACAUGCAAAGAACAUUUACCGGACCACGCUCAACUGUAGCCUGGGAUGUGCCAAGCGCUGGUUUGCCUCAAGUGUCCAGCUAGAGCUCUGUGAGGAAAACAGCCCCUGCCUCAUCUACACCGGGAACCUUUAAUACAGUAUUCCGCCUGCGGGGGGGGGGGGGGGAGGAACUCUUAACCAAAAUAUAAGGCUUCGGCCUGCACUGGAGGCAAAGCUCUUUCAACACUGCCAGCUUUUGGCUGAGGCCCUCCAUGCCCCACCAGCCUGGGCCAUUAAUUCUUACACAUGGCCCUGGCAGUACACAGUUCAAAUGGUUCCCCCCCCUCCCCGCUACUCAGAGAAGAAGCCAAAGGAGAGAUUUGUCUUCAUAUUUGAAGCAGCUAAGGGCUGGGGUUUUUGAUUCUCCUCACUGUGAAUCCACUGUGCUCAGUUCACACUUCAGUGUAAAGCCUUUAAAAGUUGCCUUAAAAAGUGCUGUUCUUAUAAUUUUGUGAAGGCCUCCCUGUAGGGCAUAAAAUUUGGCCAAGCGUUUCCUUGGAGAGGACGGUUAACAUCAAAGACAGCUGUCUCACUAACAAGAUAUCAGAGAGAUCAUGGUGAGCCAUAUGGAACAUUAGUCUCAUCCUAAGAGCAUGUUAGGAUGGCCAGUGGUCACAGUUAACCCAUAAAUAAUGGGCCAUGAAGAUGACAAGGGAAAGGCAAACAGGGAUUGCUGAAUCAGGAACCAACUGUUUAUGUUGCCUUAGGAAAUAACUGCAUACAUAGAAAAAGCCAAGAAGAGAAUUCAUUUCUAGGGUAUUUGUAACACAAUCAUGGGAAGCUAAGGGUAAUGUUGUAUAGGGUAAGAGUUUUCAGGUGAAUUUGUUCCUGCAGGAAGGCUGUGUUUUUGACAAUCAUUCGCUCUAAAUAAUUGUAAGCUGGCAGCUUUUAAAAACAGUGUAUAGGACCAAUUUGUUUUUUUUUAAUGCUUUGUGAUAAAGGACUGGAAAACUCA